AUGAUGCGAAACGGGAAGCCUGUUGAGUAUGCAUCCCGUGCCCUUACUUCUUGUGAAAGGAAGUGGGCUCAAAUUGAAAAGGAGGCUCUUGCUACUCUGUACGGAGUCGAACGUUUUAACCAAUAUACAUAUGGGCGCAAGGUGAUUAUAGAAAAUGAUCACAAGCCUUUGGAGUCAAUCUUAAAGAAACCUCUCAGUUCUGCUCCUAGGAGACUACAAGACAUCAUAAUGAAGCUCUACAGGUAUGAUGUCGAGUUCCAAUUUCUCAAAGGCACAUCGCUAGUCAUUGCUGACACGCUAAGCCGAGCAUUCCUGGAUGAGGCAAGACAGCGGAUCAUGAACAUAAGAGUUCAUGAAGAUAUACCUGAUGUGCGACUUGAGGAAAUACGCAAGACAACAUUGGCCGACCCAGAGUUGCAGGUGCUAGCUGACGUCAUAACUACAGGAUGGCCAGACACCAAGGAGAAGGUCCCAAGUACAUGUAAACCUUACUAUGAUAUUAGAGACACACUAGGUAUUGUUGAUGGCUUGGAAGUGAAGGGAGAAGCUGUUGUGAUCCCCAAAGCCCUCAGAUCCGACAUCAAAUUAAGAUUACACAAAUCACAUGCAGGAUUUGACUCAAUGAUGAGGAGAGCAAAGGGUACUGUAUAUUGGCCCUCUAUGAAGAGCGAGAUCAAGCAAAUGGCGGAAACAUGUGAGGCUUGUCAAGAAAUGGCGCCAAGAUCUGUCAAACCUCCACUAAAACAACACUAUGAUGGAGAUUCGCCAUGGAGCAAAGUGACCUCUACUGGAGUGGUGAACAUCUUAAAGAAACAGUUUGCCCAUUUUGGAAUCCCAAAGACAAUUGUGUCUGAUGGUGGCCCGCAGUUCACAUCAAAGGAAUUCCAACUCUUUACAGAUUUAUGGGGUAUAAGUCACGUGACAUCAUCUCCACAGCAUCAACGUGCAAAUGGUAAGGCAGAAUCAACUGUUAAAGUGAUCAAACACAUCAUGCUAAAAUGUGAAAGAAACAAGGAGGACCAAUGCGAAGCUCUGAUGGAACAGAGGAAUGUUCCAAGACAGGAUACAGGACUAAGUCCAAGUGAGAUGCUUUUCGGUCGUAAGACGCGCACGCUUCUUCCUCAUUUACCCCGUGCUCUCAAUGAUGAGGAUAUGACCAGGAAACGCGAGCAGCGAAAGAAAAGUGUGAAGCGUUAUUAUGACAAAACAGCUCGCGAUUUACCAUGUGUUUCGGAAGGAAAGAGUGUGUAUUUCCAGCACAAGGAACAUGAGCGGUGGAUCCUAGGGCGCGUAAUAGAAUGCAAUAGUGAUCGUACUUACAUGAUACAGGCUCAAAGUGGUGCAAUCUAUCGCUGA